AUGUCGACCAUAUCGCAGGACAGCGUCCAAGAGCAAGGCAACUCUUUCUAUGCUGCUCUUGCUCGCACUGCAACACGUAGUCUUGCUUUGUACUUCUCUCGACCAGUUCGCUUGUUCCGACCUUCCAAAGUAAAUGGUUGGCAGACACUGAAGAAACUAGCAACCCAUCAUGGACAGUCCCUAAGUCCACAAUACCUAUCAUGGCUAGUCAGGCAGCAAGGUUAUAUGGUCAUCCCGAAACACUUCAUUCCCCCAAUGGUCGUAAACGGUCUAUUGGGCGUCGUGCUAUGGUCAACGUACACUGAAGUUUCCGACGCUCUUGAGUCCCGCCUAUCCACUCAGCCGAUUGCACUUGCAGCAAUCGCCGGCGCGUCUGCUGGCGGUAUACAAGCACUAAUCGCGGCCCCCGCCGAGAACGUUCGUCUCGCGAUAGAGGGUGGUUCGUCUUCCGUGAGAGGUUGGUCCUACGCGUGGAAGGAAGUCUUCCGCGGCACUCAAUCUCGCUCUGCCCUGGAUCGGCAUCAUGAGGUCCAUGAAGCGCGGCAGGUUAGAGACUGGAUGAGGGAAGUUGGGGAUAUGGCCGGCCGUGGCUGGGACGGAUGGGGCUGGGGCUGCGCAAAGGACAUUUGUGGUACAAAACUUUGCGCUACGCCUCUGUAUCUGGCUAUCAUGCUAAUAGUGGAUACCUCGAUAGGUUUCGCUGUCUUCUUCUCGAUCUUUGAAGUGACCCGCCGCUUUGCAAUGAAGACUAAAGCAGCCUCAAAUAAUUUCACACCGAGUGGAACGUCCGAUAGAAUGCGGAGGCACAUACCACGAGUUGUACAUGCCACAACUCUGGUCACAGGGGGUGCAGUCGCAGGCUUAGCCUACGAACUUACAUGCCGACCCUGGGAUAUAGCGAGGAAAGCCGUACACGUAGACCGCUUAAGACCCGCAUCGGAAAGGCACUCCAUCUUAGUGAUUAUCCUUCGCAAGAUAAGGGAGGACGGUAUCAUUUCGUACUUCCAAGAUCCUAACUAUCUCCCACACCAUGACGACCAGGCUACUUCGCCGUUGCGACGUCGCGUGUAUUCUGCAUCCCGCACAUUGGCUCGUCAUUCGGACAUCUUUGUCACCGAGGCUUGGGCACGUCAGAAGACUGCCACUCCGCGACUGUGCGAUCGAUCUGUCGACGGCCGGGCUGCUGGGCUCAAGCCUAGUCAGGCAAGAAUAAUCUCCAAGCUUGUCCCGCUCAUUCUGCGCGACCCUGAACAUGUUGACAAAAUUCGCAAUUGA